UUAAAAAAAAGAAACAAGCAAACACAACCUCAAAAUUACCUAACUAAAUGUAAGAACUAAAACUUCUAUAAAGCUUUUUAAAGAAACAGGAAAUCUUUAGAACCUAGGCAAAGGUUUUUCGAUAUGACAUCAAAAACAUGAUCCAUAGAGAAAAUCUUAUAAAUUGAACUUAAAAUUCAAGACUUUUAAGCUACAAAAGUUACCAUAAGCAGUAGACUGGGGGAUAAUGUUCAUAAUGCAUACAUCUGAUAAAGAACUUGGAUCUUGACUGUACAAAAAACUCUCAAAACUCAAGACAAUCCAAUUAAAAAAUGGGCAAAAUGGCUGAGUAAACAUUCAAGGGGAAAAAAGGUAAUAAGCAUGGAUACUUAGUCAUUAGGAAAAUGAAAAAAUUCAAACUACAAUGAGGCCAGUGGUGACAACCUCCCCACAACAUUUCUCUCGCUAAAGAUCUUCGUCCCUCUGCAGAGGAGAAGAGGAAACACAAGAAACACCUGGUGCAGAGCCCCAAUUCCUACUUCAUGGAAGUGAAAUGCCCAGGAUGCUAUAAAAUCACCACCAUCUUUAGCCAGGCACAGAUGGUAGUUGGGUGUGUUGGCUGCUCCACUGUCCUCUGUCAGCCUGCAGGAGGGAAAGCAAGGCUUUUGGAAGAAUGCUCCAGAAGGAAGCAGCAUGCUCUAAAAGCACCUGAAUCAAGAUGA